AUGCCUACAGAUGCGGCGUGGCCAGAGAUGGAGGACGAUUGGAUUUUAUCCCUUCCGGGUAGUGAGUCUGUUGCGAUCCUAACGAGGUGUUUAGACCGCACUGAGGAAUCAAUACAGAGACUGCGCCUGCGCCAAGGUGAAGAGAUGUCAAGUUUUCAAAACACUUUGGAUGCAUUAAACGGCGAGGAGACACGCAUUUGGAGCCAAUUUCAUGUCUUGGAAAUGCGGUGGGAGGAGCUGACUGCACUUCUUUGGCUCCCACCGGGGUCUCUGAAUGCUGAAUCUUUAUGGGACGAGAUGCAUCAGUUAUCUUUGACUGAGGUGGGGCUUCAGGUUGUGGAGGCUCAGACGGAGGAGAAUAUUCAUUCCCUGCGUGCGCGGAUGGCUCAUCAAUGCCAUGGAACUAACCCGGAUGGCAUUCUUUUGUUCAAUGAAAGGCUUGUAUUCUCUCGGUAUCACAUGUCGCGAGCGAUGGCUCCCACUUGCCUUUGUCACUGUGCGGGGUACGAGGGACACCCUGCCGUCUUGGCCAACACUUUUAUGAACUUGGAUCCUCUCCUCGACGUUGAUGUUGCGGGUGACACAGCUCCUUUAGAGGCUGGAACGGAAGGGCCGCACGUUUCUUCGUUGCAGUUAAAAGAAUUUUUGGAGGCCAUUACCAGCCCCACAGACGAAUUUUAUGGAGUGCGUGAUACACUGGGCCGCUUUGCGUCUGUGUCUCCACCUUUGGUGCUUCAAAGGGAUGAGGAUGGGAAUACUCCUCUUCACAUUGUGUGCCGCCUAUUUAAUCCAUCGCUGGUUGUAAUGCGGGAGUUGCUGCAAGCGGGUGCCGACGUCAACGUCAAAAAUUCGGCUGGCCUCACCCCUUUUCACAUGGCUUGCGUAAACAAAAGUGAAAAAAACAGGUUGCUGAUGGAGCUCUUGCUGGACAGUGGCUGUGAUGUGAAUGUGCGUACGGCUGAAGGUGAGACGGCAGCUCAUAUGUGUGCCGCCGAUGACAUGUACUUUCGCUCAAUUGAAUUUCUCUACCAUGUGGGAGGGGAUUUUUCAGCAAAGGCAUUUGUUGGGGGUGCGUGGUGUACACCCAUUGAUGUUGCACGCGCCAACGGUGUGAGAGCGUCCUGCAUUUUUAACCAGUUGAACGCCUUUUUUUCGUAG